AUGGAAGUCGGUCAGUAUGUGCCGGUAUCAACACCGAAAAGAUCAAAGCUUUAUAUUGCCGUGCUUACUUCUAUAAUUGGAGCUCUUCAGUUGUCUUGGGCAACUGAGUUUAGUGAGGGUACCCCCUUCUUGUUAUCACUGGGCAUAAGCAAAGCAAUGCUGGCCCUGAUUUGGAUUGCUGGACCUCUAAGUGGCACUAUUGGUCAACCAAUUGUUGGAAUCUACAGUGAUAAUUGUAGGAACCCAUUGGGUCGUCGAAAACCUUUUAUUGUCGGAGGAUGCCUUGCAACAUGUUUUUCAUUAUGGUUCUUAUCCCAUACUGUAGAAAUUGCAGGCUUUCUAUUUGGAGGUUCAAACGGCAGCGAAGGUUCAGAGAAACGACUGCGACAAGCUGCUAUCCCAUUUGCUGCAUGUGGGGUGUAUAUGUUAGAUUUUAGCAUCAGUGUGAUUCAAGCUUCCUCAAGAGCAUUUAUUGUGGAUUCUGUAAAUACAGACCAGCAACAAAUUGCCAAUGCUUGGGCUGCUCGCAUGAUUGGACUCUUCAAUAUUUUUGGAUUUUGGCUAAGCUCCACCGAUCUUACUCGGUAUUUUGGUGCCAAUUCUCAGUUCAAGACUCUAGCAACUAUUGCAGCUGCCACACUAUUUGCAGCGACGCUGGCGUCGUGUCUUAGUGUGAGUGAGAGAGAUCCCAAUAUCGAUGUUGGAAUCAUAGCCGAAAGGAAUCGCCGAAUGGAGCGACUUAGUAGACUGGGCUUGCACCCUGAUUCUUUAGGAUUUUUUGGAGUAUUGCGAUCUCUCUAUCUACAAACUAUUCAGAGUAUUAACAGACUUCCCAAACAAGUGCGUUUGGUAUGUGUCGCUGAAUUCUUUGCCUGGAUAGGAUAUUUUCCCAUGCUUUUCUAUACAACCACUUAUGUCGGGGAGCUAUUUCUCUCCGAAAAGGGCUAUACAAGCGAUGACUUGGCCAAAUUACCUAUUAACGAACGGCAAGCCCUGCUCGACGAUAGCGUGAGACGCGGCAGUGUAGCCUUGCUGGCCCAUGGAAUCAUCACUUUGUUGGUCGAUUUAUUGUUGCCCUUGCUAGUUGAUUGGCGGCUGAAAAAUAUGAGAAAGAGCCAAAUCCAUGAAUCUCAUGCUCCAGCUUGGAUAAAAUAUCUCAGAGUCAACCUUGCACAUCGAUGUUCAAUUGCAAAUAUUUGGAUUAUAUCACAUGUGGUAUUUAUGAGUUGUACUCUAUCGACUUUGUUCAUAUCAACAUCUGGCCAGGCUAUUGUUAUGUUUGGACUUAUGGGGAUACCCUGGGGAUGUGCGUUAUGGGUGCCAUUUGCAAUGAUAAGUGAGGAGCUGGGACGCAUCAGAGACAUCAAGGAUUUUGAUGCUACUUCUGACUUACAACCAAUGGAAGUAACUGAGCUCACACCUCACCGGUUGAUUAUUAAGAAAUACCAGGCGGUGGAGCAUGAGCCUGGUGUGAUAUUGGGCAUUCAUAAUGUUUUUGUAGCCGCUCCCCAAGUUAUUAGUUCUUUAGGAAGCAGCUUAGUUUUCAAGUUUUUCAAAAGUGACAGCUUGGGUAUGGUAUUCAGGUUUGGAGGAUUGGCCACUUUGGGAGCUCUCUAUUAUAGCACCCAGAUAGAAACUACCGAAAAGCUAGAGGCCCAAGACUGGGAGGAGGUGAAAGCGGAAGAGAACUCGGACCUAAAUCUGGGUCCUCAUAUGUAG